AUGGUCAGUCGAGGUAGAACAGAUGAGGUAUCCACAGAUGUCUCGGAGACUAAUUCCGAUCGGUCGUUGAUGAUUACAGAAACAUCAUCACCGUUCAGAUCUAUAUUCUCCCGUAGUGGGAAGAUAACGAAUACUGGUGUUUUGGAGGAAUCUGACAAACAGAUACUAGAAUGGGCAGGCAAGCUCGAGUUGGAGAGUAUGGAACUAAGGGAAAGCUCUGAUAAACUGAUUAAAGUCUUAAAUGAGAAUUCCAAGACAUUAUGUAAAUCGCUAAGCAGAUUUAACCAGCUAUGGGAACAGGAUGCUGCAAGGAACGGAAACACGAAAACGCUAAUAAAGGACCUGGCCUCCCGAAUUGAAAGCCAACUGGACAAAGUGUCGGCAACAAUGCUGUCAAAAAGCGAUGAGAAGAGGACGAAGCCUGACUUCAACUUCCGGCAACCGUUGGUUGAAGAACUAAGCAGGUACAAUUCCAAGAUAACGCGACACGUCACUAAUAAGCAGCAUGAGACGGAAAAGUCGAUGAGGUGCACCCAGGAGAUGCUUUUCAACGUCGGCAGCCAACUGGAGGACGUACAAAAGGUGCUUCUCUCUCUUUCUAAAGACAUGCAAGUUUUACAAACCCGUCAGGCUUCCCUGGAGGUGGCAUUGCGAGAAAAGACAGAUCACGUCUACGACCGCCGUGACACGUCUUUGAAUGGCACCACACUCUUGCAUGAUACGGACGAAAUCCACGAUAAGCAGCACAAGAAGUCCGUGCCACCACCUAGAAUGAUGGUCACAAGGUCCAUGAAACGAGGAAGGUCCACCUCACCCACCAUAUCCACCAGUCAAGAGCACAACGGUGACGAGCUUGAUGACGAUGCUAGCCAUCGCCUGAAGCGUGCGGCCAGAACCAUUAUCCCCUGGGAGGAACUAAGACCCGACACUCUGGAAUCCGAGCUGUGA